AUGGAAGGAAUGGAAGCUAUGCAGCUCGCGAUGACUCGCAUGGCCGAAGCCAUUGCGGCACUAGCUCAGAAUCAACAUCAGCCUAACCAGAAUCUGCAAUCUGAGGAGCCCUUACAGCGACCUCAAGACAGAAGAAGGAGGAAAUUCACCACAUUGAUGGAGAAGGUGCACCUUGGACUGCUACAAUUGACGUGCAAGAAGCCGCUUGAGUUCGAGCUCGAUACAGGGUGCGAGUACACUAUUGUUCCUGUCAGUGUGUUCCAGACCUUACGUACUGAUCUCAAAAAAAGUGACAAGCUGUUCCAACCGUACGGUACCUCUGCUACGAUACCAGCGUUGGGCAUGUCGACCGUGAAAGUGCGCUACAAGCAUAAAAAGUUACAUUUGGACAUCUACGUUGUUCAAGAUCCAGCAGUGUCAAUUCUGGGUGGAGAAUGGUUGCACAAGUUGGGCAUCUACAUCCCUGUGAAUCACGUUUAUCAAGUCAAAGCUGGUCAACAGUAUAUGAAAGACUUAGAAAGUGAAUUUCAAGAUGUUUUUGCAGAAGGGAUUGGUUGUGCACAUAAGUCAGUGUCAAUCAAAUUCAAAGAUAAUGCUAAACCAGUGUUCAUGAAACAUCGAUCAGUGCCAUAUGCGUUAAAGGACAAGAUCGAAACUGAAUUGGACAGAAUGGUGAAAGAUGGAAUUCUAAUGCCAGUUGAACACAGUCAGUGGGCUACACCAAUUGUACCUGUCGUGACGAAAGACUCGGUGCGAAUUACCGCCGACUACUCGUGUACAGUGAACCCACAGUUGGAAGUUCCGUCAUACCCAUUGCCGAAAAUCGAGGAACAAUUGGCUAAAAUCUCUAAUGGUCGAUUAUUUUGCAAACUCGAUAUUACAAAGGCAUAUUGGUGUCUUCCAGUAGAUGAAGCGUCGGCAGCUGCGCUGACCAUCAACACUCAUAAAGCCCCGGUCAUAUGGACCAAAUUCAUUGAAGAAGUGAUCUCUGGAAUAGAGGGUCUCGGAGGUUAUUUCGAUGACUUAGUGGUGUCUGCUAAUGACGUCAUUACUCUGAAAUCACGCCUAUCAGAAGUUUUACGACGCUUGCAAGCCAACGGUCUACGCCUGAACUUGCAGAAGUGUUCUUUCUUCGUGGACUCUGUCACAUACCUGGGACAUGAAAUAUCAGCAGCUGGCAUCCGUCCUGCUAAAGAUGGAUUACAGGCCAUUCAAGAGCUGCCACCACCUGCAAAUGAGAGUGAAUUGAAGAAGUUCCUGGGAAUGGUGUCGUUCUAUUCAAAAUUCGUUCCUGGUAUGGCCUCUACAGUCGCUCCAUUAGUCGCUCCAUUAUACAAUGCAACGAAGCAAGCAGUUCCUUGGAAAUGGACACGUGAAUGUGCUACAGCAUUUCAAACGUUGAAGCAGCAGUUAACUUCGGACCAUGUGUUAGUGUCAUACAACCCACAGCUUCCGAUUGUGCUUAGCUGCGAUGCCAGUCCUGAAGGCUUAGAAGCUGUUCUCGCUCACCAGUAUCCAGAUGGUUCCGAUCGUCUAAUUUUAUACAUCCACAGAAAGUUGGACAAUUGUCAAGUGAAAUACUCACAAAUUGAUAAGGAAUCAUUGGCCAUCAAAUGGGCCGUUGAAAAGCUGAAUAUCUAUCUUGUGGGCAGGCAAUUCACUCUCAUAACUGACCAUGCCCCACUUAUUCACAUAUUCGGCGUACGCAGAAAGAAAUUACCAACUUUGUGUGCUACUAGAUUGUUACACUACGCAAUCUUUCUACAAGAUUUUUCAUUCACCAUCAAAUAUCGCAAAUCUGAAGAGCACGGCAACGCUGAUUUCCUGAGUCGUUUACCACAACACUCGUCAGAUUUACGUCAGGCUCCUACCUCAGAUGAUCCAGAUGAUCUAGUACAGCUUCACCACAUCUCACUACUGCCGAUGACUCACCAAUCCAUUGCGCAGCAUACUCAGCGAGACAUUCAAUGGCGUGAGUGGCUACAGAAACUCCGCUCGGGCGAGACACUUGGUGAAAAUGAAGAUGGACUCUACUCAUUGCAGUCGGGUUGUGUCAUGAGGGGCUUGCGUACCUACAUACCUAGUGCCUGUCGCCCUGCUGUGCUUGAAGAACUUCAUACGGGACAUCUAGGAAUUUCGAAAACGAAGGCGUUGGCGCGAGGCUAUGCAUUUUGGCCUAAAAUGCAAAAUGCAUGCAGACAUUGA